AAUCCUAACAAGCAUCACCUAGUUGCUACAAAUGAGUUUUACGAACAAAGUCGUGGUGGUGACGGGCGCGGGCUCCGGUAUCGGGGCGGCGGCCGCGCUGCAGUUCGCGGCGGAGGGCGCGCGCGUGGUGCUGGUGGACAGGGACGAGGCGCGGCUGCGGGACGUGCGCGCGCAGUGUCCGCGCCACGACCAAGAGCUGCUGCUGCUCGCCGCAGACAUCGCCCGAGAAGACGAACCGCACAGGAUCAUUCAAGAAACUGUAAACAAGUUCGGGAAACUAGACGUGCUCGUUAACUGCGCUGCCAUUUUUAGAGUAAACUCUGGUUUAGACGAGAAUAUUAUGGAGACAUACGAUGAGGUAAUGAAUGUUAAUUUGCGAGCACUCGUCCUAUUAACAACGUUAGCAGCACCCCAUCUGGUGGAGAGUAAAGGCAACAUUGUCAAUAUAUCGAGCGUUGCUGCAGUCAUGGCUCUGGGUGCAGAGAACGCAGUGUACUCUAUCUCCAAAGCCGGUGUGGAGCACUUUACGCGCGGUGCUGCCUUAGAGCUGGCCGCUUCUGGUGUAAGAGUGAAUGCGGUCCGCCCCGGACCGGUGAGGACUCGCAUCGCAGAGAACUGUGGUCGCGAUAUGAAUUGUGAUGAUUGGAGUGAUUUAACUAAAAUCGGCAGAAUAUCAGAGCCCCAGGAAAUCGCAGAUACAAUUUUGUUCCUGGCCAACGAUAAAGCUAAAGGAAUAACGGGAUCAAUAUUUACAGUCGACAAUGGAAUGGUUUUUUAGUGAAACUGCUAUUCCGUAGAACACUAAUAAAGAAUUUUAAAUAUUGCCAAUAAAUCCUAUUCGUCAUACUAUAAUUGUAAUAGUUUGCAGAGAUAUUUGGAUGGAUCUUAAUAAAAUGUACUAAUUUUGCAAAAAAAAAUUUGUUAUUUUUAUGACGUUAUCGUAAACCUUCGACGUUUCAAGUAUUUAAGCAAACAAUUCAGUACUAAAACGCAUAUGAACAAUAAUGGACAAUCAUUACACUAACAGGAUUCAUGAAGGGAGUUUUUAGUAAUUGCCAGGAGGGAUUGUUAGUAAUGGGAAAUAUCAGUCCCAUUGUUGACGGUGCUCCGUCAGCGUACGCCGAUAGCGCGAGCGAGGUUAUCAUUCCAUUAUCAUCCAUUUCAGAAACAAAAUAUUAAAAUAGCAUUAAUAUAAUUAUAUUACGUAAGUAGUGACGUAAUGCAGUAACUUAAAGACAAUCGUGCUCACUAUAAGGUCCGGACUGGUGGUGGCAUGCUGGUUUUUUUUUUAUAUUUAUAAUGAAAUAAUAACCUUGCCUGCGCUAACGGAUUACGCUGGAGGGAAAGGGAUUGUUAGUAAUGGAGACUGAGAAUCCCAUAGCUAGCAAUAUACCCAACCAGGUCGACCGCCCCGCGGUUUUCCCUGGAAACUAUUAUGGUUAAUUCCUGAUGAAUUCAUCAUGAUGGGCUACCUGGCCUGUUUUCAUUCUCAUCUAUCACUCUUCACUGGUGCCCCGCCAGCGAACUCCGUUAGCGCAGGUGGGGUUACCAUACCAUUUUCACCUGUAAAAAAAACGGGUAACCCUGGCGUGGUACCAGUGAUAAAUGAUAACUGAGGAUGAAGUAGGUCAGUUAGCCCAUCAUGACUCAGUUACCAUAUCGUGACGAAUUCCACGAGAAUUAAUCACGAUGGUUUCCAGGGGAAACCGCGUGGAGAUCGACCUGAUAGGGUAUAUUGCUAGCAAUAGGACUAUUUUUACCCCAUUACUAACAAUCCUUUCCCCCCAACGAUAUGCUGGGCAGGGUUGUUGGACUUCCAACAAUGUGGUCGAGUACUAUGAUCAUCCUAAAAAAUGAAUGAGUUUUACUGAUCUGCUGAUUUUUACUGGUCUGCUGGUGUUUACUGUUAAUGACUGAUUAUGAAAUUUUAUUCUAAAUCUAAAUGUAAUCUAAAUAUCUAAUCUGAAUAUGUAUAAAUAAAACUUAAUGCUAAUUGAAGUCAUUGUACCCAUAAAAAUAAUAAAAAAAAAGUAUCUUGUAGUUUUUUUCAAUUUAACAAUUUAUCUUGUAAUAUUUUUUUAAGCACCUGUUGCGUUUCUUGUGGAUUUUUCACUCCCGUCUAUUGAGGGAUCGUCCUACACUGCGUUUGCCUGUACGUUACUGUCAUUCGAGAAUUUUUCUUGCCCAUGGUUGUCAGUUCUUCGAGCUAUAUUCACCAACUCAUUGCCACUUCAGCUUUCUUAUCCUUCAGAAUUGGAGAAUUCAAAAGAGUUCAAUGUGAAUAUUGAAUUGGCUGUAUGGUCCUGGCAUAGAAACGACCACCCCUUCCUUUCCAGUGGAUGUUAUACUAAGCAGCGAAUAAACGUGGCAACUGCUGGCAAAACUCCCCCUAUGGGGAAGGCUUAUGUUCAGCAGUGGACAGUUAACGGCUGAAAUGAUGUUGACUCUGGUGAAGAUAGUAUUUAUGGCAAAA